AUGACGUUUAUUGUGUCAUUGGAAUUUUCUAUCCUUUCCACAUAAAUAUUUCAUAAACGUAGGACGUGUGUGAAACUGUUUUAAAAUAUUUAAAAGUUUCAAAAAUGACAACAGCAACUAUCCGUACUCGUAAAUUUAUGACCAAUAGAUUAUUAUGCAGAAAACAAAUGGUCUGCGAUGUUUUACAUCCAGGUUUAUCUUCUGUUAAUAAAAAAGAAAUCAGAGAAAAAUUAGCUACAAUGUACAAAGUCACUCCUGAUGUUGUAUUCUGUUUUGGUUUUAGAACUAAUUUUGGCGGCGGAAGAUCAACUGGUUUUGCUUUAAUUUACGAUUCCCCAGAUUAUGCCAAGAAAUUUGAACCUAAACAUCGUUUGGCGCGUCAUGGUCUCUAUGAGAAGAAACAACAAACAAGAAAACAACGUAAAGAACGUAAGAACAGAAUGAAGAAAGUCCGUGGUACGAAGAAAGCGAAAGUUGGACAAGCUACCAAAAAAUAAGUUAAAAUCAGGAUUAUUUUUUUUAAUUAUAAAUUUCAAAAUAGUAUAUAUUUCAUUAUGAAUAAACUACUGUUUUGAAAACAAUCAAA